UCUAUCCAAACUGUUCCGAGUACAGCGAAAGGCGCUCCUUUCGAAAACGUAUAAAUUUUCGGGAAUGACAUCCAAUUGCGUAGAAAACCGUGGAUGAACUCUUCGCGAUAAGAUUCGACUUCUGAGCCCAAUCAUGUGCGCUACAUGGCAGUCAGACGUUAUUGAAUAGUAUAAUCGCGUUUUCGGCGGGAAACGUAUGAGUGUUGAACGAAUCUUGGAAACAUCUUUUUUCGGCCUUCCAAGUUAAUGACAUCCGGGGAAUGGGAUUUACGUGCUUUAAAGGCACUCGAAGAAGAGGAACAAGCCCAAUUUGAAGCAAUCAGCGAGCCUGCACGAACUCAGAUACCACCUCCUCCAGCCCUGUCCAAACUUCCGACAAUCGAAGAGUUCUGUGGUAUUAUCGAAUCGCCUCCGGAUUCACCGCUGCUUCCCCUGCCGCCCUCCCUGAACAAACCAUUAAAAUUAUCCAGCAUCUGUGGAGCGGGAAGUGUUAUCAGCAAUAGUUGCCCAUCGUCCUCGUCGAUAUCAUCAUCAUUGUCACGUGAGGGUAGCAUUCGAAGUCAUCGAAAAACUCAUCAACGUCGUUCGCAUCAAUUUCCCGCUGGAACGGGUGGCAAGGGUUUGACCACAUUUGGAUCUGACACUGCAGCCAUCGACAGUGCCAUCGACAGUAUUCUUAGCGGCGGAAGUGGCAGUACCAGUAGCUUAGUCGUAGGACUGGGAUACGGGGCGGAAACGACAUCUGUUGUAGACAGGACCAAAAACAACAAGGACAUGAUGACAAUGAUGAUGUUUCUGUCGUCGACUGCACCACCCGAGGUCGUCAGCCCGACGGUUAGUGCGACUACAACAAGCCUUCUAUGCACUGGCAAAUCGGAUACUGCAAGCGAUGAUGGCAGUGACACGAUAAGGCGAACACCCAGCGUCACAACCAGACAUCCCAUUUCCAAGAAGUCAAAAUGUACCAAACAAUCAAACGUCGUCAACAGCUCGAGCAAUGACGGAGAAGCCUCCAAAUCGGAUGUAAUUGACUACGAACUCGAGGAUCAUAUCAAGCAUUGCUCCUGCUCCUGCAAUCAUAUGGGAUAUGGGAAUUCAAUGGAUUAUCAGACAACUGGCUUCGGUGGCCUUCCGGACGUGACAGAACACUCAAACAUUCGACGUUCCAUCACCCGACAGGACUCCUUGGCAAAUUCCGAAUCAACAGACGCGGCCAGCUUGCAAAAAUCAAAGAAACAAAUCAAACCAGCUCCAUCUAAACGGAAAUAUUGCGUUUUUAGUUUCUCUGUUAUCGUAACGUUAAUGUUAAUUGCAAUAGUUGCAAUUCUUCUAUAUCAAUUUUUAUUAAGGACCCCGAAUAGGAACUCACAUGAUCAACGAUUGAAAAUUGUGAGGAAAAUCCUGAAGGAUAUACCAUUGAUUGAUGGGCAUAAUAAUUUAGCUUGGAAUAUUAGGAAGUACUCUCACAACAGUUUAGAUAUUUUGGACAGGACUCAUAAGGAUGUUGAAGAAGCUUCGAUUUGGCAGAGACCUUGGUGGUCACAGACUGAUAUCCCAAGACUGAAAGAGGGCUUAGUAGGAGCACAAGUGUGGUCAGUAUAUGUACCAUGCGAAGCACAAGGAUUAGAUGCAGUGCAAAUAGCUCUCGAACAAAUCGAUAUCAUCCACCGUUUUGCCGAACAAUAUCCUAAGGAAUUGACCCUGGCCGCUUCAUCACAGGAAAUUCUCGCUGCACACCAAAAAGGUCAGUUAGCAUCACUAAUUGGUAUUGAGGGUGGUCAUGCGUUGGGAUCAUCCUUAGGCGUUCUACGUUCACUACACUCACUUGGUGCACGCUACGUAACGCUUACAAACCAAUGCGAUACAUCCUGGGCCGGGUCCAGUUCUAUGUCUAUGGAUAAAGGGCUAAGCGCUUUCGGCAAGGCAAUAAUCAAAGAAAUGAACCGCUUGGGAAUGAUGAUUGACCUCUCACACUCAUCAGAUGCAACCGUUCGUGAUGUCCUGGAGCUCACCAGGGCUCCAGUCAUCUUCUCCAAUUCCGUGGCUCGAAGCAUAUGCAAUUCAUCACGUAAUAUACCAGAUCAGAUACUACGAGCUGUUGCCGACAACGGGGGAUUAAUAAUGAUUAGCUUUGACUCUCAGCACGUGUCCUGUGACGAAACUUCAACUCUGCAUGACGUGAUCGCCCACAUCAAGUACAUUCGCUCGAUAGCUGGAAUCCAGCAUAUUGGCAUUGGGGCUCGAUACGAUGGUAUGCAGUCACCACCUGUUGGGCUCGAGGAUGUCUCCAAAUAUCCCAACCUGCUUGCCACCCUGCUCGAGGAUUCAAAUUGGAGCGAGGAGGACAUUAGCAUGUUGGCUGGCAGAAAUUUCCUCCGUGUCCUUAGCUCUGUAGAGAACGUUCGUGACUACUGGAAACGAGCUGCGAUACCACCCUUGGAGGUCACGGAACCUUUGAAGAAAUCACAGUGCACCUACAUGUCGUCAUGACCAUUCGUUCGUAGCGUCACCGUAGCGAGAAAUCAAACGAAAAUUGAUUCAUAAGGGAAGAUGAAAAGGACGAAAUCGAAAUGAAGCCAGGCAGCAAAUGAAGUUAUAAUACAGCCAAGGUAAAGCAAUUACGUACAUACACUCUAAACCUAACCAGAUUCAGUUUUAUAUUCAAACAUAUUCCGAAAAAGAGGACUCACACAGUCAAAUCAUACAGGAAUCAAAAAAGAUAUAAUUUAAGUAACGGUAAAGGACUUAAUUGAAUAGAAACAUGAAAGUGGAUGGAGGUAAUUAAAUUAAGGUAUUGCUGUUGUGAUAAUUGUGAUAAAAACUUACAACAACAUGCAUUGUAUAAAAAUGUUCAUUGACUUAUACAAAUCAUA